AGUAUAUGCACAGUAUCAUAUAAUAGAUUAUAUGUAUAUAUAUAUAUAUUUUUCUUUCUUUCCAUUACUCCUUGUUGAACCAUUUCUCUCUAAAAGAAAAACCAUUUCCCUCUGAAAGAAAAAUCAUUUCCCUCUGAAAGAAAAAUCAUUUCCCUUUAAAUUCAAGUAUAUGCACAAUAUCAUAUAAUAGAUUAUAUGUAUAUAUAUAUAUAUAUUUUUUCUUUCUUUCCAUUUCUCCUUGUUGAACUAUUUCUCUCUGAAAGAAACACCAUUUCCCUUUAAAUUCAAGUAUAUGCACAAUAUCAUAUACCCAGUGAAAUAUAAUCAUGGAAAAAAACGGAAGUAAACGCGUUCAGCAAAACAUGGAAAGUUACUCUUCUCGUGAAAAACACGUUCUAUAGUUGGGCGAAUGCGUUCAUGAGCGACAAGAAUGAGUUAUGCAUCUGAAGGAACGCAUUCUUUGUCGUUCCACGCUUUUAUGGAAUGGUUUUUUUUCGGUUCAAAAUCGUUCUUCAUCCGAAGAGAAAGCUUUCUGAACCGUUCAUUUUUGGAACGGUCAGGAUCGGAUUUCAUCAAAAUGAGAAUGCUUUCUUUGACCUUCUCUCAAGAAAUACUUGAGAACGGAUUCUUCGAACUGAUGGACGCGUUCCAGACAAUCCAACAUCAUUCUUAGCGAGAAAAGAACGCAUUCUCUGUCGUUCUCCUAAUUGUCGAAUGCUUUCUCGUGAAUUCAAAAAUCAGUUUUAAAAAUACAGAACACCUUCUCGUCCGUUUCAUAACCCACAUAAAAUUAUCUCGUUAUAUUGAGAAAGAAUAUUGACUAGCUCCAAAUGGAUUCGUCAGUGUUCUCAAAUAUAUUAAUUUUUUUUGCUCAUUAUUUCCUGCAUAAAAUAUUAUCAUCAUAACUCUUAGUUCUUUUAUCAACAUCUGUUUUCAACGUUGAGCUUUUAGCUGCCGAUAUCGUGACAGUCUCAUUUACAAUACACUGACAAAAACAAUAAAAAUAGACACAAGCAAUGUGCAACAAUAAGAAGGAUUCUAGAAAAAUUCAGAGUCGUUCGGCAAACGAGUAUACAAUAAUUCUUCUCUUUCGUGAACUUAGCAAGCUUUUCCCACAAUUUGUAUUGUAUUGCCCAUUUAGUUUUUUUACAUCUUAAUAGAAACAAUCAUUUCUUUUAUCUAGUAAAGAGAGAAUUAGUGCCCUUUCGAUUAUUUUCAAUAUUAAUCAAAAAAAUCCGUUUUUUUAAAAUUUCUUUAGUUUUAUUCAAUCUUAACAGAAAUAAUCAUUUUUUUAUUCGAUAGAGAUAAAUUAGUGUUUCUUUAGUUUUAUUUCAUCUUACCAGAGACAGAGUUAGUUUUCUUUUAUUUAUAUUAUUGGACGAGAUAUAAGAAAAUAAACUAAUAGCAAAGUAUACUAAUUUGUCAAUCAUUUUAUUUAAUUUUAUUCAAAAACAAUAGUGAAGCUUUCCAUCUAUACACAAGGUCAUUAUCUACACAAAAUGACGAAAAGUGAAAAAUAUGUACAAAAUUGUUCUUUUCCUUUGUUCUGUUCUGACUAUUGAUAAACAUUGCAGUGUGAUCGAAAUAUUAUCUCUCCCAUUCAUUGCAACAUUUCUCCUUGUAUGUUUUCUAUUUCUGCUUAUAGAUCGAGAAAUGGAUAUUUAUUUUUUUUCAUCUUAGGGGUAUGUUCAAGGAGAAAUGGAUUUUUUCCAGCAGAAAUGGUUAAAAUUAUAAGAGAAAUGCUUUAUCCAUUUCUCGAUCUAUAAGCAGAAAUGGAAAACAUACACGGAGAAAUGGAUAUUUAUUUUUUUUCAUCUUAAGGGUAUGUACCAGCAGAAGUCUUUUUUUUCAAGCAGAAAUGGUUAAAAUUCUAAGAGAAAUGCUUUAUCCAUUUCUGCAAGUACAAGGAGAAAUGGAAAAGAGAGAGAGAAGUUAGACUUAUUUUUGGAAAAUUAUAUUCGAGCAUCAUAGAGAGGUCACUUAUUCGAUGGAAUGUGGCUAGAAAAUAAUUUUUGGUGAAAAAAAACUAUAGUUAUUUAGCUGCCGACUUUUAUUAUUAUUUUAAUGUGAUCUUUAAUAAAUAUCGUCUUUUAUGCAACCGCGAAGAAGAAUUUCGAACUUUGUUGAAGAAUUAUUUACUAAGUUCUGUUAUAAUUCAAUAUACUAUUAAAAAAACUUUACAAACAUGUCGAACAAUUGAUACCAAUAUACUUUCAUCUUCAACGUGAACUUCAGCGACUUUUUCUUGUUUUAUUACUUUAAAACAUUCAGAAAGUAUCCGGUCUGCUAAAAUAUCACUUUGACAGAACUCGCUAAUAUCAUUUUUAUUUUGACGAUUCUUUAUCAAAUUUGACCACUGAUAGAAUAAUUUGUAUUUUAAUGUUUAUAGGCACAGACAUUUUAUCUGAAUAUCUACUGAAUAAAACUUUGAUGAAUGUCGUUCUUUUUGAUAAAUAUUUUUCACUGGGUAAUAGAUUAUAUGUAUAUAUAUAUUUUUUUUUUUUCUUUCUUUCCAUUUCUCCUUGUUGAACCAUUUCCCUCUGAAAGAAACACCAUUUCCCUUUAAAUUCAAGUAUAUGCACAAUAUCAUAUAAUAGAUUAUAUGUAUAUAUAUAUUUUUUUUUCGUUCUUUCCAUUUCUCCUUGUUAUGCAUGAAUUUAUGUGGGGUGAAGCAUUUCUCCAUAAACGGGAACAAUUUCCCCAACGACUUCGUACUAUUGUCCACUGCUCCAUUUUUAUUAAUUGAUGAAGCUUAUUUGUGGUAUGUAGGACAUAUUGAUUUAAUCACAAAUUUUGAAUCUUUUAGUAAAUUAUUUCUCCAACAAUAUUCAUCUACAUCACCACCAGCACAAAAUAAUAUUCCUAUUGAGGCGGAUGUACCGUCAAAUUCUAUUUCUAGCUCUUUAUCUACAUCACAUUUACAACGCACAAUUGCCGAUGAAAUUAUUAAAAAACCAACAUAUUUUCGUGGUUCAAAAGAUGAUGUUCGUGAAUGGUUAGAAAAAUUAGAACAACGUUUUCAAAUGGCAAAAUGGAAUGAUGAACAAAAAUUACAAUAUAUUUCAAUCCAUUUACAAGAUGAUGCAUAUCGAUGGUGGACACAAACAUCUACGACGAUUAAAUCAUGGUCAUUAUUUACUGAAGCUGUUAUAAAGGCUUUUGGAUCAACAAAGGUACAAGAAUUAGCUUUUGAACAAUUAAAAUGGUACAAACAAACGGUUAAUCAAUCCAUUACACAAUAUUAUGAUAAAAUUAUAGAAUUAUGUAAGAAAGUUGAUCGUGUUAUGCCUGAUUCAUUAAAAUUAAAAUAUUUGAUGGCUGGUAUUAAAGAAUCAUUAAAAAUACAUGUUGCAUUACAGGAUCCAAAAACAACGGAUGCAUUUUUAUCGAUUGCUAGAAAAGUUGAAGAUACAUUAACAUUAACAAGUACCAAUAAUGAUGUGUAA